AUGAAUUACCAAACUGAAGAGCAACCAAACCAACAAAAUACAGAGAGCCAACAAGAGCAAUCAGAGGAGACAAAAGAACUAUUAUUUGAAGUGAAUGAGAAAGUCUUGUGUUAUCACGGUCCUUUAAUCUAUGAAGCAAAAAUUAUGGACAGACAAUGGAUGAACGAAGACCCAGAGCUUCAAGGUCCUUAUUAUUUUGUUCACUAUAAAGGAUGGAAACGAACUUGGGAUGAAUGGGUUCCUGAAACGCGUCUUUUGAAAUGGUGUGAUGAAAAUAUAAAAAUGCAACUUCGAUUAAGGGAUCUUUAUCGUAUGAAGCAAAGUGGAAGAAGUCAAAAUACAUAUAAAGAAGCAGAGUCUAGUGAUGGCGGACUUGGUAAAAGACGAAGAGAUGCCAAGUUGGAAAAGGAAGAAGACUAUCUAAGAAAGCCAGAGAUCAAACUUGAGAUACCCGAUGCAUUAAAAGGUCAAUUGGUGGAUGAUUGGGAGAACGUGACAAAGAACCAACAACUUGUUACUUUACCAAGAGAAAUAACUGUCAAUGGUGUCCUGGAGCGUUAUAAAGCAUACAAAAGAGAAAAGAAAGGAAAUCGUGAAUUGAAUGAGGAUUUGCUUGAAGAAGUAUUACAUGGUCUUCGUAUUUAUUUUAAUAAAGCAUUAGGAACAAUGUUAUUAUAUCGGUUCGAAAGACAUCAAUACGCAGAGAUCCUUCGACAGCAUCCGAAUACAGAACCAGUGGAUGUGUAUGGAGCAGAACACCUACUGCGCCUCUUUGUGCAAAUGCCUAGUUUAAUUGCUCAUACGACUAUGGAUACAGACGCUGUUCAAGUGUUGACAGAUUAUCUAAGUGACAUACUGCGCUUUAUGCAAAAACAACAAAAACAGUUAUUCCAAACUGAAUACGAAAAUGCUGUACCAGGUUAUGUUGCCUUAUCUGAAAGUACAUAA